AUGGCCUCUCUCGUGAGGAAAGGCGAUAGCACAGCUGCCGACAGCAGGCACAAAGGGCUGCUUCGUAGUCUCGCCUCGAAGCUCGCCCGUCGCAACUUGGAGGAGAGCGUCCCUUUCAAGGAUGUGUUCCUUGCACACCAAGGUCUCCUGCACAUCAACGAGAAGCUCACGCAACAGAUGCUCCAACAGGACAAGGACAUCAUCAUUUUGAGGCACAAGCUGACUGAGGGUCUGUCGCAGGGAGAGAGCUCCGAAGCUCUUCGCAGAAUGCAGGACGAACUUCAGCGCCUACAGGUUCAGGUUUCCGACAAGUACCGCAGCAGCGCCGAGUCUGCGUCUGAACAACUUAGACUCAUGAAGGAGGCCCAGCUACUGCAGGAUCAGCUCAAGCAUUCCAACGAGCGAAUGCUAGAGGAGAUGAACAAGAUGAAUGAGGAAAACUCUACUCUCAGACAGGACAAGAAAGACCUGGCGGCCAAAUUGCAGCAGCAGGAAAAAGGCAUCCAAGACACAACGACUGCGGCACAAGCAAGACGAAGGGCCACGAGCGGCGUCAUGGGCGGCGACAACGAACGGCCCGAAGCGGGAACCGCACCUGCUUGGCUGUCGCAGGAGCAGCAGGUUGGCGACGAUCCCUCCCAACAACCCCAGGGGGAGGGGGACAUGCCUGCCUCUUCUUGGGCAUCUGGGUUACGAAAAAAAAACGCGGGUCCCGCAUCUACGGGCUUGCCGAGCAGGUGCUUUCAGGCUAUCGAGGCUCACUCUUCCGGCGUGAACGGGGUGGUGUUCGAGAAGGGAGGGGUCUUGCUGGCCACCGCGGGCGACGACUCGUACGUUAAGGUGUGGGACCCAGGCUCAGGGCGGCAGAGGGCAGCUCUGAAGGGCGCAGCUCACAAGGGGAUGGCUGCAAUGAUCACCGUGGACAUCCAUGGGGAUCUGGUGUGUGGCGGGGCUUCUGAUGGCAGCUGCACGGUGUGGAGCCUUAGGACGAGUCGAGAACAGGCUCGGUUGACAGGCCACCAGCAAAAGGUGUGCGCGGUGUCAUUCUGCGAUACGGGGCAACGACUCGUCACUGGCAGCCAAGACUGCUCUAUCAAGGUCUGGGACCUGCAUCGGGGGCAGUGGAACGCCAUGACAACGGCUAUGCGGGCUACCUCCAAGUGCAACGCGGUGGACGUGAGCCACAGCUGGAAGGACUCCAAGGGGACCAACGCCGUCGUCGUGUCCGGGCAUAUGGACGGCGCUGUACGGCUCUGGGACAUGAGGUCUGGAAGCUGUGCGCAUCAGUUGAAAGGAUUACACACGGACCAUGUGACUUCCGUCAGGUUUGCUCCAGGGAGAGCAAAUCUCCUUCUCACCAACUCGAAAGACAGCUCUCUCAAGGUCAGACGUUCUGUGAAGUGCUGCAGUGGGAUUGCAUGGCGGACCACGUGA